AUGCCUCGCCGUGUUUUCCAGAGCAUGCGGCAGCUUUUCACGAAUGAGGACUUCAUCAUUGUGCAGUUGGCCGGUCACAAGGCCCAUUUCCGACUGGACUCCAAUGGAUACAUCUCGGAUGAUCUCCUUCACUUUGGGCGCAUGGUGAAUGUGAAGAUGCCGUUCAGAGAUUGA